AUGUGUGUGUCAGUGAGCGCCGGUCCAGUCAAGGGCUUUGUGCGCCGUUGCUUCGACCUUCCCGGUAUCAGUAAAGCUCAAAUAGGGGUUGAGAUGAAGGGAAGCCGUACCGGUACUGAGAUCGGGCGGCCUUGCUUGCUCUAG